CUCCCCGACCAACAUGUGUUUGUGCUUUACAGUGGUGGUCCUGUAGAGAGCGGUAGAUAGUUUUAAUAAGUGGUUACCCAGCCGAGCUCCCCUUACUGUACCGUACACAAGCGGGGGGAGGAGCGACCGUGUAGUAUUUCUUUUUGCGUCUUUCCCUUCUGUCGUUGCAGCUCAUCCAAACGCUAGGCUACUUGAAGGCAUCACAAAACAGGAGGAACAAACUACUCAUUUUGACGCAAAAGCUUUUGUAGGAAGAAGGACACAAGCAGGAUCUGUGUGAGGAGCGGGAGGGGGGGGGAUUUUGGCAGUCCGAGCCGCAGCAGCUUAGCGGCGGACGGGGCUUCGGAGUGAGCGGGACGUGUGGGCGCUGCACACCGGAGGAGCUCUGCUGACUUUCUCCCGCUUCAUUUCCGCCUAAUGCCCAAAUAUCCAACCCGAACUGGUGUCCUGACCGCGAGUUCCCUGGGAGCUACGUUGGGAUGAAAGCUGGGAUGAGAUAUAAAGACACAACACUGAAGUGAAGAAAACUCACCACCAAGGGCGAAGACGAGGCAAACAGUACAACGCAGAAGGCCUGGGGAAAUCAUUAACUGCACGCAUGCAAUAUGACUGAUUGGAUCCCAUUGCACUCUCCGCAUUCCUGGGACUGAUAACCGCCUCAAGCCCCUGGCCGCAGUGCCAGCUUUGCAGUUUCAUAGCGAGUCAACCUCACCUUGGAAACCUCUGGAAAUCUUCCCAUAAAAAUAAAACUAGGGACAGGACCCUGUCACGUUUCACUGACGGAGCCCUCCCAACCGGCGAAUGAAAAGUGUGCAUCCGAGGGUGGGGCUUGCCUCAGUCUCUCAUAAUUGGCUGCUGGAUGGAAUUAAGGUGAAUGGAAGACGUGCCCAAGGAGCAAGACCCUAACCCAUCAGAGGGAGAAGAGAAACGGUGGCUCAAUGGCCCGAAAAGGAAGAGGAAGAACAGCCAAUGUUCGUUGAAGAGUAUGACUGCACGUUGUCUGAGUGACAGCUCCAAAUCCCCCGAGCUGAAAGAAGCGAGUAAAGAAGGGUACAUCCCCAGCUACCUCGAAAAGGAUGAGCCAUGUGUGGUGUGUGGCGACAAGGCCACAGGUUACCACUACCGCUGCAUUACCUGCGAGGGUUGCAAGGGUUUCUUCCGUAGGACCAUUCAAAAGAACCUCCACCCCAGCUACUCCUGUAAGUACGAUGGCUGCUGCAUCAUCGACAAGAUUACCCGCAACCAGUGUCAGCUCUGCCGCUUCAAGAAGUGCAUUGCAGUGGGCAUGGCCAUGGAUUUGGUUCUGGAUGACUCAAAGCGAGUGGCUAAACGGCGUCUGAUUGAAGAGAACAGGGAGCGACGCAAGAGGGAGGGAAUGGUAAAAACCCUCCAGAACCGUCCAGAGCCCACCGAUAGCGAGUGGGAGGUGAUCCACCUGGUGACAGAGGCCCACCGACACACCAAUGCUCAGGGCGCACAGUGGAAACAGAAGCGCAAAUUCCUGCCAGAAAAAAUCGGCCAGUCCCCGGUUGCCCCCACGUCAGACGGAGACAAGGUGGACCUGGAGGCCUUCAGCGAGUUCACCAAGAUCAUCACUCCUGCCAUCACCCGUGUCGUCGACUUUGCCAAAAAACUGCCCAUGUUCUCUGAUCUACCUUGUGAAGACCAGAUCAUCCUGUUGAAGGGCUGCUGCAUGGAGAUCAUGUCACUGCGGGCUGCCAUGCGCUACGACCCAGAGAGUGAGACGCUGACGCUGAGCGGGGAGAUGGCUGUGAAACGCGAGCAGCUGAAGAACGGCGGGCUGGGCGUGGUGUCGGACGCCAUCUUUGAUCUGGGCAAGAGCCUGGCACAGUUCAACCUGGACGACACGGAGGUGGCGCUGUUGCAGGCCGUGCUGCUCAUGAGCUCAGAUCGUUCGGGCCUGACCUGCAUGGACAAGAUCGAGAAGUGCCAGGAGACCUACCUGCUGGCGUUUGAGCACUACAUCAACUACCGCAAGCACAACAUUCCUCACUUCUGGCCGAAGCUCCUGAUGAAGGUGACCGACCUGCGGAUGAUCGGGGCGUGCCACGCCAGCCGCUUCCUUCACAUGAAGGUGGAGUGUCCCAACGAACUCUUCCCACCGCUCUUCCUGGAGGUCUUCGAGGACCAGGAGGUGUGAAACAUAGUUGCUGCCACGCAAAGGGAAGAGGAGGUUGGGGCAAACUGGGUGACGGGAAGGGCCAUCAUCUUUAUAGGGGAAGGAUGGAGGGAGAGUCUUCUCGGCAGGAAUUUGCAUUUCUCCAUCGUCACAUUAACAGUAUGUGGUUUAAAAAAAAACUAUCACCAACAAUAACAGAAACAACACACCAGCAACAGGAGAGUCAAGCAAACAGAGGAUUUUGUUUUACGAACACCCUCUCCUCCACCUCUUUCUCCUCCUUUUACUUACCCCUGUUUUGUGUGGGGGCCCUUCUGUCUGAGCAUGAUGUCUUAUCUAGUAAGAGUUGUAGCCAUUUGCCAAGACACAUCCACAACACACCCACAACACACCCACAACACACACACAACACACACACAAACACACAAACAGCCACAGCCUGUUCCACCUCACUUUUUCAGAACAGCGCUUUUUGCAGGGGUCCGUUCCCCCUCAAUGGUUCUUUUUUUAUCAGCCACAGAAUAACACACAGUAUCUCAGUAUUAUUUCUGUGUUAAAUGUUAAGGCAGUAAUUCAGUAAAUAUGGACAUCAUUGACAUACAAAUGCUCACAGUCAUGCAGGCACACGCAAUCAGCAAACACUGCGCAUUAAAAUGUCAGCAGAUGCUUUAAGCGUCCAUUGGUGUGUAAUGGCUGCUACCAGACCUAGUCUUUUAUCAAUUCCUCAACUCAAUCUGAGCCGUUUCAACUGUUUUUGGAACUUCUUCUUAGAUCCCAGUGAAACCGGUGCUAUAUUUAUAUAAGGCUACUCCAGUUUUAUGAAAUUGUGUUGUCUACCUUUGAAAACAUGUGCAGAACAUGGCUCAUAUCUACCUUCAGUUUUGUCAUUGGACCGGCUCCUGUGACACACACACACACACACACACACACACACACACACACACACACACACACACACAUAC